AUGCCUCCAGGAACACCGUACAACUCCUUCGUCAAGCCAUAUCCUAUCCGUGUCGAUGAGUUUUCUGUACCUCGCGAUGGAAGUCUCACAGUUGCUGCUCUUCAUCUUCUCACCCAUACUCACUCCGACCACAUCAUCGGCCUGAAUUCCAAGUCGUUUGGCUCAAUUAUCAUAUGCUCAGAAGACGCAAAGGAAAUGCUCCUGAGACACGAAACGUACCAGGCUCGAUUUCUUAGAGAAGAGGACUAUGUGUAUGAGAAACAACGAACAUUCGAGCACUUGAAAUUCCCGAUGCAAGCUUCAAACGAAGUAUUCAAGCGUAAUGAAUUCGACCUAAUUAAAGAAGCUGUCAGCGGCCUCAUAGACUUAAUGAAAGCCUACCCCGUCCACAUGCGUUUUUUCAUUAAUGUCUGGACGUGGGGUUAUGAAGACAUUCUCAAAGCUGUCUCGCAGGCAUUUGAAUCUAAAAUCCACGUUGACAGAUAUAAAAACGAUGUCUACUCAAGCCUAAGCGAUCGUGAUCUCCGUGCACUCAUCACUCAAGAUUAUCGCUCAACGCGCUUUCAUGCUUGCGAACGGUUUGCGCGCUGCGACCUAGUCCGCAAUGAAGACCCUGGUGUAGUCUACAUUAAUCCUGUAAAUAUCAGCUCCGACAAUUGGGACCUUUAUCUUGCUAAAACUAAAGCCAUGAUGGAACGUGGUGCUCUACCCAUGCUUCUUCUUGUCCCUCUUCACCGACAUUCUACUCUGCCCGAGCUUCAAAAUUUCGUUGGCUUGUUUAGACCAAGACGACUCGUGCCAAACUUUUUAGAACCGAGUCUUCAUGGCCUCGACUGGGCAUGUAUG